CAGCUGGCAAAAAGUGCACAAGCGCUGCACAAACCCAACCGGUAGCUGCGUGGAGGGCCGCAUCGGUGCCGGAACAGAGCGGUGCAAGUCCAAGAGCAAGCGGAGAGCAAGCGUUGCAGCCCAAGCGCUGCACCACUGCGCUGGGCUGCAUUAUGAAGCGACUGAUCACAGCUGCGCACUGCAUUGCUGCGGCACAAGCCCUCUCAGCCACUACUACAGCACCAGUGGCAUCGCGCGCUGCCUUUGCAGAGUGGCUGGUGCCGCUCUGCCCUGGGCUCGACGGCUCGCGCGCGACGCUUGCUGAUGACUUUGUGGUUACGGCAGCGCGAGCGUACAACGCCGACCAAGUGAUCUACGAGAUUGGUAAUGAUGCUCUGCUUUCUCCCGUCGCUGCAUACGCCGACAAGGACGUCGGCCCGCCGCUGCGCGACAUAGCACAAAAAGCGGGCCCUGGCUUCGGCGUCGUCGCGGUGGCGGGCCUCCUCGCGGCGGAGAAAAUCCGGGGCUUCCGGUCGCGGCGGGGCCAGGGCGACGCUGCGGCGGCGGCGGGCAUCGUCGUGCCGAGCCGCUGGGGCCCGUACGCGCGCCUCCUCUGGGACGAGCCGGUGUCUGUGGAAGCUGAUGAACAAUUAGUGGACCAAGCAGUCGCGUUGUUGCUGCCUAUAUUAGAAACGACGGCGCGGCGAGCGUGGACAGCGCCCGAUCCCGAGGAGGAAAAGCCGGCGUUUCUCUCCGAAAAAUGGGCUUGGCAGGCGAUGUACGAGGACGGCGGCUCGCGGUCGUGGAGCCGCGGCGAGCUCACGGACCUCGCGCGCGGCGCCCUCGGCGUCGCCAUCGCGUCGCAGCGGCCGCCGCUCGCCGGCGACGUCUGGCGCAUCACGGGCCAGGCCGUGCGGUCCUUCAAUUUCCGGGCCGAGGCCGGCGAGAGCGCGGAGCCCACGGCGCUCGUGCCCCUAGUCGCGAGCGACGGCGACGCGAACGCAGCGUUCCGGGCGUUCACGGGGCGCGUGCCGUCGGGCGACGUCGCGCCGGCGCUCGUCUGCGUCGCGACGCGCGACAUCUCCACGGGCGACGCCGUCGUCGCGCCGGAUCCUUGGUCUUGACUUAACUGGGUG